GAGAGAGAAGAGUGAGAGGAGAGAAAGAGAGACCCACCCUCUCCCCACCCGUCUCUCUCCGAUCGUAAGAGCCGAGACCGAGACACCAGGUUCUCAAGACGAGACGGUGAUCAGGAGAAAAUAGCGUAAGCUGUUAUUACGCAGGGACCACGGAAUUAGACCCGUAAGCUCAUUAGCGGCUUUAAAGACAGCCUGACUGACCCAGUCCAGGAGAUUCCAGCAACACCAACCACGAGCUCAACAUCACCGACACGGUCUGGAAACUCGCAGAGUAGGAAGCAGCGAGAAGGAAGGCCGGAAAGAUGCUGGGGACCUUGAUGACGGUUCUCUUCCUUAUUGUCAGGGCGGCUGGACAGAUCGGAGCUGGGAUUCGUCGUGACGAGCCUGUCCACUACCUGGCGUAUCAGCCACUGCCCUGGCAGGUACACUGUGUGAGCCGCAAGUCCAGCCGGGGAGAUGAGAGGGAGGGGAACUCGCGAAGAGGCAGUGUCACCUCCUCAAACACAGGCCACGGAAGAGGUCCCCCGAAUUCCUUAACGAACGAAGAGAACAGUCUGAGUCACUCUGCCUCUGAGAAAGCUGCCGUCACCAUCCAAACACAGUAUCGGAAAUACCAACAACGCAAACACACUGAGUACAAACCUUAAACACCCGUCAAACCUGUUGGGUUUCCAGUGAGGUUCACCGGGAGCUCCACCACAAAGAGAUUAAUGCUGGGGUCCAACUGCCGCGGCUUAGAUAUUUGGGUCUUACGAUAUGUGCUGAUUAAUGUUCAUCCUUUGAAAGCGUAGGAAUGUCUUGUCUGUAACUGAUGAUCUGUGACGGUCCUAAAUGUUUUUAAUAAAGACUGGAAGAGAUUUG